UGCACACUGAAUGAGGUUUGCUAUAAUUCACAUCAUGCCACUCUGGAACCGACCCGGAAACAAACCGACCGUUUCCUCUCUUUCGUCCCGGAUGUUUUAUUUGUUAUUGUUGCAAGAACGCCGAAAGUAAUGGCUUCGGCGUGAAUCCCUUUGACUUUGUGACGGCUGUGUGAAUUAAGGAAUGAUGUUUUCUCAGACGAUAUCCACACAGUGUGUUGGAAUAACGAUCCUGAUCUUUGCCGUGUUAGAAGGAGCAAGCUCUGCAGAUGCAAACACCACCAGAGCAAAUGAAUGCCUUCCAGCGGCGGCGGGUAACAGGACCAAGCGGUCAGCAGUCUCAAAUGGGCCUCUUUGUGAACCAUACCAACUUCGCUUUCCAAACGGCUACUGCAAACACAUUCUUGGUUAUCAACCAGUCUACGGAAGAGAUGAAGCCGAGCUAUUUGAGAAUGAAAUAAAAAUGGAUCGAUUUCAGAUAGCGAAGAACUUUGUUUUGCGGACUCGAAAUUCGACUAGCAAUAUCAAGUAUCAAAAAUCCAUCGACAACUCUUUCAAUGUGCGUCAGAGCUGUCUGGAUAUGGUGGAUGAUGUGUACUGCCACCACUACUUUAAACGUUGCUACAUCGAUACUAAUCCUCAAUUUGUGUGCAGAGAAGCGUGCACAAAAAUGUUUUAUCACGAUUGUGAUCGAGAAUAUAAGAUUGUGCUGAAGUUCAUGGAGGAGAGACAGAAUACUUUUUACCCGUUCUACUUUGAUAUCAUAAACUGUACGCGGCUGCCAUCUAGGAACGAGUCUUCGCAGUGCUAUACUCCUGACAAGAUACGAGACAAAUUGGACGUGCUAGAGAGUGAAGAUUGUUUCUAUGGUGAUGGACGUGGCUACCGUGGUAACAAAAGCGUCACAACAUCUGGGUUUUCAUGUCAGUCGUGGGAUUCUCAAUGUCCACACAAACACAACAUCAGUGGACAUCUUUAUCAAGCGAUAAAUAACAGCGGCAAUUUCUGUCGCAAUCCGGGAGGACUUGCCAAAGGUGGGCCGUGGUGUUUUACAACCAACAAGACCGUGCGAUGGGAGUACUGUGAUGUGCCUAAGUGUCCCAAACGACCACCUUCAAGCCCACCAGUCAACUUUCAUGGUCAUAACGUGAGCGCAACAAGCAUUUUCGUCAGCUGGGGGGAUGUUCCAAAGCCCUCUGCAAAUGGAGUACUUCUUGGGUACCACGCCUCUUGUAAGGCAGUUAAAUCCUCGGACAGUUAUUUCGCGGAGUUCUUGCCUGAAGAACAUCAUUGGGAAUUAAAAGGUCUCAAAACUUUUGCUAAUUAUAGUUGCUGGCUAAGAGCGUACAACAAUUACGGAAAUGGCAGCUGGAGUGAGGAAUUGGUUAUUUCAACCGAUGAUGCUGCGCCUGCAGCUCCCCCAGACUAUCUGAGCGCUAGGAACCUUAGCUCUACCAGUCUUCAGGUCCAGUGGGACCCAAUCCCUUUUGGGUUCCGGAAUGGAAAAAUACUUCAAUACCAAGUGAAAUAUAGCCAAUAUUCACUGACAAGACGGCGAGUCUUUACCACAAAUUACGUAAAGAAAAGGUCACUCACGCUUGUCAACCUUAAGAAAUACAAGAAGUAUCUGAUUGAAGUGUCCGGGAUGACAAGAAAAGGCGUUGGACCCCCAGUUUCAACUGUGGUGCAAACUGAUGAAGAUGUACCAGAUCGCCCUCCGUCAGACAUAACCGUGUCAAGCCUGAGCUCUAAAGUGAUUAAAAUCAUUUGGGGGCCAGUUCCUGAGGACUUCACAAAUGGUGAAAUACUUGGAUACAGAGUGCUCUACAACGAUACGUCAGUUGCUAAAAAUACAUCAGUUUCUUCCAAUCAAACAUCUGUAGAGAUCCAUGGACUGAAACCUAACACCAGCUACAAUUUUCAUGUCCUUGCAUUUACAACCAAGGGUGAUGGGGUAAAAAGCGCGGCCUACCUCGCAAAAACUUUAUCAGAGAAAUCCAACAGUGGCCCAAGUUCGAGAUCAUCACAGGGUUCAAACGUGGGCAUCAUUGCGAGUUCUGUGUUUGCUGGAUCCAUUGCUUUUGGAGCAGUUUUUUUAAUGGUCUACUUUUUCCGUAAAAAAAGGAUAGCAGCAGUAAAUAACGAUGGUGAAAACGGUAUUGGUUGCCCAGUGACACCAUAUGCCGUCUCCUCCGUUAAUUGGUUAGAAAACGUCAUCAACACCCAAGUACACGGAUAUGAGACGAUAGAUGAUGAUAACGUCCCUUGCAGUAAUGGCCGACCACGUUACAUCAACGUCAACCCUGACGGUUCGCUCAACCUUCCACCACACUUACGGGAUAUGGUUAUCCACUUCGAGCAACUCUACGAGAACACAAGUUACAAGCAGCUACGACGGUUUGGAAGGCGAAGAUCACUUGGAGGGGCAGAGGAUCGGCUUGGACACCCCAUCUACGACAAGCUGCAACGGGCGAUUUCUUCAAAUACCCCAAGCCAGGGUGGAGGAUGCAGACAACAGGUGCAGGCGACAAUAACUCCAACAAAGCAACACAGGGAAAAUCACUCGGUAGAUUUGGGUGAGUUACGUCGCUUUGCUAAGGAUCUUCAGAGCGACAUGGAAAUGACAGAAGUGGUUUCUACCAAAACCCAAAAGCGACGGCGCCAUUUCUCCGUAGAUCUGGGUCAAGUGCGAGAGUUUAUUGCUCUCACAGAGAUCAACAGCUCCGCUGAAGAAGAGAAUAACGCUUUAACCUACAAGCCGGAAAUGAAACAAACAAAUGACAACGAAGCGCUGUGUUAGCUGUUUGAAACUGGACAGAAAAACUCACUAAAUCACAAAGAUCAACUUCUCCAAAGUGGUGACUGAAAAAAACCAAAGUCAAAGUAAAGUCAAAAUAAAAAAAAAUCUAUGUUAUCAAACUGGGGCGGAAACACAGUUCCCAGUCUAAGAGUGUUUAAGACCCUUUUUGUCUCAUAAACUGUUCAAAUUUUUUCGUGAUAAAGUCGCCUAGAAGCUGCUAAGUUUAUACACUUGCUAAAAACAACUUUUUUCUCUUCUUCAUUAGAACACAGCUGUCGCUUCAUGUUGCCUGCCCACGCAGUCAGCUAAACACUGUCAUUUUGCAUCAACGUAAAGUUUUUCAAUAGCCUGUAUUUAAUACUAUUCUUCAUGACAAGUCUUUUU